GAGCCUCCUCCCGCGGGGGCUCCUGGGAGGGCUCCGAGUAUCGUGAGGAGAGAGGGCCGACGAGCCGGGGCUGCCGGCCAUUCCUGAGGGGGCUGAGGAGCCUCCUCCCGCGGGGGCUCCUGGGAGGGCUCCGAGUUCCGUGAGGGGCGGGCCGAGGAGCCCAAGCUGCUUGGUAUUCAUGAGGGGGCGGAGCCUCCCCGCGGGGGCUCCUGGGAGAAUUCUAAAAUCGACUUGAGGCGCGGGGGGCGCCCGAGAGCCGAGGACGCAGCUCCGGAGCGGGGCGGAGCGGAGCGGAGCAGGAGGGAGGCUGCCGUCGUCUCUGGCGGGAAAAGCCUGAGGAGAUUUCCUCUCUUAAGUGUUGUGAGAUGUGAGGAUGGGAGGUCGAGACGACUAAGUCCCACUGCCCCGUGAUACUGUAGCCGGAAAACUGUCGAAAUCUGUGGAUAAAUCCAUGGGAUAAGAAAAGAUGGCCUCCAGAGUAAAUACCAGUUUCACUUUGAUACCCAACCAGAAAUGUAAACAACGUACUAACCAUCAACCCAGCUAUUUUUGCAACACCCCAGAUUUAGAUCCUCAACUCUUAUCUACGCUUGGAAAUUUUAAGGUCUUACCAUUGGAAAUAUUCCACAUAAUUUUAAGAUAUUUGUCAGUGAAGGAUAUUGGCAUGUUAAGCAUGGUAUCCAAAACAGUCAGCCAGCACAUCAUUAAUUAUAUCUCAACCUCAUCUGGAAGUAGAAGACUUUUAAUACAGAACUUUCAUAACCUUGAUCUGUCUGGCACAAAAGAAGAGACUCGUCUACUAGAUCACUACAGAGCUCUAGGUCUACUGUUUAAAAGAUGCACCUUGCUGCUUCCCACCAAGGACAGACUAAAGUACAUUCACAAGAUCCUCUCAGAAGUUUCCUGUUUUAAAUUCAGUGGCUGUUCGGCUCCUUUGCAAUGUGUAGGAUUACCAUGUUAUGGGAUGUUUUUACAGACCUUAACAGCUGGUUGGGAUGAACUUGAGUGCCAUCGUGUUUAUAACUACUUAUGUGAGUUGACUAAUCUCUCCCGUAAGAUGCAGACUGUUGUCUGUAACAAACCAGGAAGUUCCCGAAAACUAGAGUUAAGGAUUAGACUAUUCUGUAGGAAUGUCCUACUUGAUCACUGGACACAACGAAGUGAUUCUGCAUUUUGGUUGACACGAAUAUUAAAACCAUGGCCAAUGGUGAAUCAGGCAAGAUUGCUAUAUAUUAUCUUUGGACCAACAGCUCCUCAAGAUGGGCAGGUGAUUUGGCAGGAAAUGGUAGAAGGACCCACAGACGAAUCCAGUUUGAAAGGUUUGGCUAAUGCCAUUAAGUUACUCUAUGACACAAGUACCAAGGAGUGGACGGCAGAUGAUGUUAUCAGUCUUGUAGAUGAGCUAUCAGUGGUUCCCCGGGAGUGGCUUCUGGAGAAUAAUGCACGCCUCCUAAUCCUGAGUGGGAACAACAUCUGCUUCACUUUCAUGGCCAGUAAAGCUGUGAACGGACGGGCCAUUGAGCUUGCGAGGCUCAUAGUCUUUUUGGCUUUGGUGUGUGAGAAAGAGCUAUAUUGCAUGGACUGGACAGUUAGAAUGAUGCAAAAAGUCUGCAAAGUCUUCAGCACUGCAGCAGAGAGAAAGAGCUUCCUGCAGAGCGUGGCAAAUGCUUUUGCCUGUGUCACCAUGGAAAUGCUGCAGCCUAUUAUGUCUGGAGAGCGUGAUGACGAUGACAGAGGCUUCCUGAAUUUGUUCCAUCUUCUGCAUGCUCAGGCGAACUUCCAUAAGGAGGUGCUGUAUUUGACCAUGAAUGCCUCCUCUUCCUAAGUCAAGAAGCUUGUCACUUAAAGAUUGUGUCUCCAGACUAGUGCUUAGGAGAGUGGCACUUUUUCACAUCCAAGGGUAGCACCUGUUGGACUUUUGAUAAUCUAAUUACCAGAAACUCCAGCUGCACAGGAUUUUAGCUGUAACUGUUUCAUUCUGAUUAAUGUAAAAUAACAGGCAAAUCCAAGAAUGUGUUGUUACUUUUCUGGAAAACAAGCUCUGCCUCUCCAGAUCUUGGUAAACUCAACAUCAAACCAAAGCAGAAUGUUAACUGUCCAAGAAUCUGCAGCCAGCUCAACCUGUUUGUGUGGCUCUUUGAAGCAAAAGCUAACUCGGCUUUAUUAAGAACAGAUUCACAUUCAUUAACUCGUGCUAUCUGUUCACUUUGCAUCGGCUGGGCAAAUAUGGCCCAAAUGUUUUGUGAGGAUUUGUAAUACUGUGUUUUAGAAUGUGCAUUAUGUAAGUCACAUUCCUUACCACCUUCUUAGCAUAUGGUUACAAAAUAAAUUUUAUAUUUCAUUUAUAUUUUGUAUGAAUUAACAGAAAAAAAUUCCAAAAUAAGUAUGUGUGGAUACAUAUAUAUGUAUCUUUUUAUACAUAGAGACACAUAUACAUAUAUUUCCUGCAAGACAAUCACACAAAAGGUCUACAAAGAGAGGAAGGUGUGUGUAUGUGAGCUAUAUAGUCUUCAGAUAAUGGAAUCAUCUUGUAACUUCCCUGGGGAUUAGAGCAGAGAAUUGCAAGCAGGAGAAAAACAUAAUGAAAGUAAAUAGCUCUUCUGCUGCCAAAACAAUCUUCACAAGUGACUCCCCCUUCUUGGUAAGACAUUCCCUUGCCCCAGAAAGUCGGGUUUGAUGAUGGGAACUGAAAGCACACAUGGUUAGAGUAGCCAAAGAGAGAAGAUGGGGCAGGGGGAGAGAAAGUGUUUGUGGAUCCCAAAGAACUCUAGGCCCAUUUAGUAGACCUACCACCCACCUUCACCUCUACUUCCUAUGAAGGUAGUAUAAUGCAAGGGGCCUCUGGAGCCCUGGCUUUCUCUUCUUGAAGCCUUCCCUCCAGGCAAAUACAGGGCUUUGUACAUGCUAAGCAUGCACUUUACCACUGAGCUGGAUCCCUAGCCCACUAUCACCUUCCCACUGGACUUUUCAGGGGCUGUCCUCUUUUCCUCAGAACACUGGGAGAUAAGGAAAUUAUCUUCGGUGGCAGGGUGUAAAGAAAAUCCAUAGAUUUUUAGCAAAAGGGCUCUGAACAUUGGAUAGGACUGAGGAGUAGUGAAAAUUGUGGAGAAAUAAGAAUUGUGAUAACACCUUCAAUGUGGAAGGAUCAAAAUUAAUUGCCUUUUUGUUGUCCAAUUAUAAUUCUACUAGUGGGAAGAUUUUUUUUCCCCCUCCGGAGUUUAUUUGAAGAUUUAGGGGGGAAAACAUUCUUUUUGUUUUGUUUUAUUUUGUUUUUUUCGAGACAGGGUUUCUCUGUGUAGCUUUGCGCCUUUCCUGGAACUCGCUUUGGAGACCAGGCUGGCCUUGGCUUUUAUAAACCUUAUUCAUUUUCUUCAGCUCAAUUGAAGAAAUGAUCUUCAAUUAGCCUGGGCAGCCUAUGGUAACAGCAAGUACCAGAAUGCAAAGUAACACCUCAGAGCAUUGAUUUUUUUUCCUAUGUCUCUGAUUUCCCAUAGCCACUUUGGAAAAAUUACUAUUUUUACCUCUCAAAACACUAGUGAUUUCAAGUUGACAUUAGCUACCACAUCCAGCUCUGAAGAUUUUGAUAAAUAGAUAACUUCAUUUUAUAGGGCUAAGAGUACUACUGUCUGCUCUUACAGAGAACUUGGGUUCAGUCCCCAGCACCCACAUAGCAACUUAAAACAAUCUGUAACUCCAGUUCCAGGGGAAUCUCAUGCCUUCUUCUGGCCUAUGCAGGCAUACAUAUGGUGAAUAUCCAUCCAUCCAUUUAUCCAUCUAUCUAUCCAUCCAUCCAUCCAGACAAAACACCCACACAAAUAGAGUAAAUAUAAAUUUUUUUCUAAAAGAUAAUUUUAUUUUCUUAGAGAAAUGUGUCAUUAUGAAGUUUGUUUUAAUUCCUUGAAUUACAUAAGUCUCCACAAAAGUUAUUUUUAGAAAUUUUAUCAAAGAAGCAUGUUUUAAUGAAAACAAUUUAUUUUCUGUACUGGAAAUUUAACUUAGAGCUAGAUAAGCUAACUCACACUAGAUAAGCAUUCUACUACUGAACUGUAAUCCUGGAUAAUUUAAAGUUUCUUUUAUUGGAAUCUGUGACUCUUUGCACCUUUGUUGGCAUAACUCACUGCUAUAAAUUCUUUCAAAUUCACAUAAUUUUGUUAAUCUUGAUUAUUAUCCUCUCUUGUCCAGAAUUUGGAUCAGAAAAAAAUUUAGCCUAAGACUGCAGUAUAUAUCCUUUUUUCCUUCCUUCCUUCCUUCCUUCCUUCCUUCCUUCCUUCCUUCCUUCCUUCCUUCCCUGUUUGUUUGUUUUGUUUUGUUUUGUUAUUUAUUUUUCAAGACAGGGUUUCUCAAGACAGGGUUUCUCUAGGUAGCCCUAUCUGUUCUGAAACUCUGUCUGUAGAUCAGGCUCGCCUCGAACUCACAGAGAUCCACCUGCCUGAGUGCUGGGAUUAAAGUCGAGUGCCGCCACUGCCUGGCUUCUUUUUUUCUAUCUUUAAAUAGUAAAUUGACAAGUUUUCCAUUUAAAUGUUAAUAGAUAAAAUAAAUUUGGAAACAAAUCUGUGGUUGCUAUAAUUCAGUGAUCCAGUUGAUUUUGCUGAGUACAUUUGUCAUAAAAAAUAAAGUGAUUUUGAGUUUUAAAGAGGGACAUUAACUUGAAGGAAGCAUUUAUUCGAUGGUUUAAGUAACAGGCAGUCUGAUUAACCACAAAAAAUGGACCAUUUGAAAAUGAGUAGACUGAAACACUAGAACUGACUAGCCUAGAACUAACUAGAACAGUCACAAAAACUGCGAAUUUUCCACCAGCCAGACAAUUUCUCCUGUCUGUCCAAACCAGAUCAGUCUCCAUGAUCACUGGAGAUCCAGAACCCCAGGAUGUCUUUUCCCUUGGCCUCCUUUGGCUUCGGUUUAUAGGGUAGGCUUUCCUUCUCCAUCACUACAUUGCUUGUGUUGUUGUUUCUGUACACAUAGCAUAACAUGUUACUACUUACUUUAGAAACUGAAGUUUCUAUCUUAUAAUGACUAUCUUAACCAUGUGAAGCCAUAGAUUUCUCUCACACUGUUGUAGAUAAUGCCUUCUGUCUCCUCAGUCAGUAAGUAGCAGUUCAUGAGUUCCAGAGGCAAAGUUCAGCAUUGCUCAUCAGCAACUGCUUGUAAGUUCCUUCUCCUAGGCUACUCUGUUUGCACUUGCAGGACUUUAUUGUAGGGUAACUGCUCACCUUUGGAGAGCAGAGCCAGCAUGAGGUGCCCAGGAGGUGUAAUGGCAGAACCAUUUUAUAUCUAAGAAAUAAACACUAUCCUCUUUGUGGGAUUAUUGUCAAGGUCAGCAUCCUUAUGUAAGUAGUACUCAAUCACAUGAUUGCAGAUUUGUAUAUGCCUUUGACAGCCUCUGUGCUUACUGGAAACCUUAUUAGCACUCCACUAGCAGUGUGCACUGUUAUCUCAAAAGCAUUGUGUUGUGCUAAACAUUUUUGAUACCUAAUAUUGUAUUUGUUAAACUUUAUUUAAUUUCUUAUUCAUCUUAAUAAAAUUAAGUUUAAAGUGGGAAUA